GUGUGGCACCUGCUCAAACGUCAUUUAGACGUGUGUGCUCUUAUUUGUCCUUUUUUCGGUGUUUGUUGCCAUGGAAAACUCCAGCUAGGACACCAAAGCGCGACAUCUGGAACGUUUCCUCGCCGCACUCUCCCCGGCUCCGCUGCCAGAAGUUCGUUUCAGGGGGGUAUUGUUCGGUUUUCAGACCGGUGCCCGCAGCGGGCGCGAGUGACGGAGCGUGGCCGACCGGCCGUUGGAUGCGUCUUUCGUUUCAGACUCGGAACGUCUCAGGUUUGACGAGCCAACGUUGACAUGGCCUGUGCCCAGCUGGACGGCUCCACUUUCCUGCAGGAUGAGCUCACUUGCCCAGUGUGCCUCGAUAUGUACCGCGAUCCUUUCAUACUCACGUGUGGUCACGUCCUCUGCAAGCAAUGCCUGGACCGCUUGAAGGAGCGCACCGAUGGACGGUGCUUCUACUGCCCCGAGUGCCGCCACUGCCAUCAUAUUAAGACCAAGUCCUUCAGAGUUCUCAAACUAGCCCACAUCGCGGAUGAGCUGCGAUAUCAGCGCAAGCUUUCGGCCACAGUUGGCAAAAUAUUGAAAGUCAGGGAAUGUUGGGGACCUUCACAAGAAGCACCACAGUCCAGAGGGUGCACUGCUGUCCCGUGUGACUACUGCCCGUUUGCUUGCUCGGAGGAAAUGGGAAGCAGCACCUCCGACAAUGGAUCCUCUGCUUCUGUUAUCGAGGACUGUGAAGACAAAGCCAGAGCUUCAUCCGUUCCUGCUGUCAAGACGUGCCUGAAGUGUGAAGUGUCAAUGUGCGCGGAGCACUUGAAGCCACAUCGCGAAUUACCAGCGUUUCGCAAUCAUCAGCUUACGGAACCAAUGACUGACUUCUGGAGGAGGAAGUGUCCCACUCAUAAUAUCAUCUACAGCCACUACUGUAUGGACCACAAGGUGUAUCUAUGCAACAUCUGCAGCACAGGGCACUCGGGACACAAUGUCAGGACCCUGGAAAAUGCCAUGAAAGAUAUUAAGGUUUGGCUGUUCAAUGACCUUUGCCGUCUUGAGAAAUCGUACAGCUUGACUGAGAAAACCCUGAAAGAGCAGGAGGAGAAUGAGAGGCGGACAAAGAGUUUCCUGGAUACCUUCUUGACAGAGCUCAUGGGGAAGCUCCAGGACAUGGUUCUGACUUACGUCCGCCAACUGCAAGACAUGAUCGCCUUUCAUUACCAAAUCAGUGCCGACAGCAUUCAGGAAAACAUCUCAAGAAUCCUGGUGGACCAAGCCCGUCUGCAAGAUGUCCGCUGUGCCAUUGAGUCCCUUCUGCUCGAAAAUGACUCGUUCCGCCUCAUCGAGGACUAUCAGAUAAAAAGAAAUGAAUUCACAGAGAAGCUCCAACAAAACCUGUCUGAAUUGGAGCGCUCACACUUUCCCCUGGAGGAGGUGACGACCUUGAUCAAAAAUAAAACAAAUGCUUUCAUUCACGAGGAACUACUGAGCAUGGUGGCUGAGAAUACUGCUACCUUCACAUCGCUGUGCCACCCACUCGAAGAAAGUCCAGUGGGUGAUUUCAGAAGUUCUGAGGAAGACAUUGAUGAUGAUCUGGCCUUCGAUGUUCUCCAUCCUAACAUCCCAGAGGAGGUUUUAGAGAACAAUGAUCACAGCACCGAUGAAGCUGAAGAAGAAGACUUUGAGAGUGAUGAGGGGGAUGAUGAUGGCCUGUUCAGUGAUGUUACCGACCCAGGAGAAGAAGAAGAGGAAGAAGAAGAAGAAGAGGAGGAGGAGGAGGAGGAGGAAGAGGGGUACGUUGAUGAGGAUGAGGCAGAGGAACAUGAGGAGGAAGACGAAGAGCAGGGUGGUGAGGAGGAAGAUGGAGAGGAAAAUGAAUAUGAAUAUGGGAGUUCUGACGCUGAACAGAAUAACGAUGAAUAAAAAAAUGUGAAGUUUAUCAGUGAAGAUGGAUAAAAAUAAUUUUAUUUUAUCAUACCCUUGAACUGUUCAGCUCUGUUUUUUCACCACUCAAGCUGUCAUUUCUGUUGUUGUCAGCGUGGCUUCUGGGAAGUGUUGUUUUCAGCCCUUUACUUCCUGUAAGAGUACUUCUUAAAGAAUGUCAAAAUAAUACUCAAUAAAGCU